AUGCUGAGCUGCCUCGACGUCCCGGCGACCGACGCGACGGCGUCGGCGGCGGCGGCGCCCGGUUCCGUGUCCGGAGGGCCCCAGCCCGACCCUCUGCCUGCUGCGAGUCCGGCCGCGUCUUCAGCUGCCUCGUCGGGAUUCUCCGCCUCGGCCGCCGCCCAGACGCUGAGCUCGCGAGUGGUGCGCACCAAGUACGGCGACGUGAGCGGCCUCAUCGUGACGUUCGACUCGCGCCACCUGGAGCCGGUGGAGGUGUUCCGCGGGGUGCCGUACGCGUCGCCGCCCAAGGGCACGCUGCGCUUCAUGCCGCCCGUGUCGGGCGCGCGCUGGAGCGGCGUCAAGGCGGCCGACCGCUUCGGCCCCGUCUGUCCGCAGCGGCUGCCAGACAUCAGCAACGAGACGGCGGCUCUGCGGCGGAUGCCGCGCGGGCGCCUCGAGUACCUCAAGAGGCUGCUGCCCUACCUGCAGAACCAGAGCGAGGACUGCCUCUUCCUCAACAUCUACGCCCCAGCGCAAGGUAGGCUGCGCUGUGCUACUAUGCGGAGUCUCACCGCUAGUACUCACCCGACGCCUGAUUCUCAGGCGGCGCCCAGAUCUCUAGUGGUACCAUGGAUCGUUCGGCGCAACCAUUACGCUGGCCAAAAAUGUCAAUAUCACUGCGAACAAUUGGGAACAUAUGGCGUAUUCACUUAA